AUGCAAUCGAGUCACCUUGAUUCAGGCCGAUCAUGGCCCGAGCCAGUUGCUGGUGUUUUCCAUGUCGGCGGACACUACGAAGAUCCACCUUUGCGCAGCACGGAUCCAUCCAUCGGCAUCAACUUGAACCACAUAAUGAUACGUAUCAGAGACCCUGAGCGAAGCCUACACUUUUAUAGAGAUCUUAUGGGCAUGCGAACUGUCUGGACGAUGAACACGGGUCCAUUCACAAUCUACUAUUUGGGAUACCCCUCUACAGAUGCUGAAAGGAAUGAUCUGGACACUUGGGCAGAACGCACUUCCGAUAUUAAUACCCUCACUCGUUGCAAGGGCCUCUUGGAACUUAAACAUAUUCACGGGUCCGAAAAGCCGGUGGAGGAAGGUGGGGUUGAGAUCUCUAACGGCAAUACUCCCCCAAAUAUGGGUUUUGGUCACUUGGGGUUCACCGUUCCAGAUGUUCGGCGCACCGUCGACAGACUCAGAGCUGCGGGAGUUCGUGUACUUAAGGAGACGGAUUUCAAUGGUCGUGCAAGUAUUCCGUUGACAGAGUGGGAAAGGCAGCGUGGUGUGGGUGUCGAGGACAUGGUGGAAACCUACAAGAACACAAUCAAGCAAGUCGCCAUGGUUGCAGACCCGUCCAUUGAGAGAAAAGCCACAGAAGUGCCCAACUCCUUAUACGCCGUCAUUGUAUGGCUUCUGAGACGCUCUAGUCACUUCAUAUCGUUGAAACGAGAAAGCCAAGCGACCGCUAAUAGCCCCUUCUUUACGGUUCUGCCGCCCGAGCUGCGCGUCUCCAUCCUCACUGCCGCCCUGGGCGGCAGGACUUUGCACAUACAGCAGUGCCAGCCAGAGUCGCUACAAUCGCAGAUGGAGGCUCCGACUUUUGUACCUCAGGUAUCACGCGGGGCUCUCGGCACUGCGAAGCAGCGGCUCGGAAGACUGUUCAGAGCGAAGACGAAGGAGAAGAGGAAGGCGACACGACCAGCUCGGCGCCCGAUAAAAUGGCACGAUGAGGGUAUUACAAUCCUCUACAGUAGCAACACUUUCCACGUCCGUACCACCAGCAUGGGCCUGCUUGGACGUCUCGUACCGCAGAUCCCUGCAACCAUCCUGUCACGAAUCACCUCGGUGGAGUGCGUUAUGGAGGAGUUAUUCAGAGGCUACAAGGACUAUCACGCCUUGGAACCGGCGGAAAGCCUGCAGAAGUUUUAUAUCGGGUUCUGGCCCGAUACGUGUCUGCUGCUUCGCUGUGAAUACGGUAGUACCCUUGCUUACGAGUGCACCAAGUACUUUGCGAGUCUGAUGGAGGCUAUGGCCCUCCAAUUCGCGCAGAUGGGAAGGACUUGCGACCUUGAGCUGGGACUCCCCUCAACGCCGUUCGAGCGUUAUCACUUUGAAGCUAGCAAGCACGGCCGCAACACUGGGCUUCCGAACUGGAAGCCGGAAUUUUCGAGCAUGUGCUCCUACCAUCCGAGACUACGUCUUUUCCAGCCUGCUCAAAGCCGCAAACCAGGGCCAGAAUUGGGAAUUGAUGGGGGAGGAGGCUCUGACGUUGGAUACUGGAUUAGCAUGUCCCAGCAGGACAAUCUUCAAUGCAGGUCCUGA